UUUUACUCAAAAAGCCGACGUUUCUCUUUCGGGCCAACUCAUCGCUCUUUUUGACAUAGAAUAUGUUUGUUUUCAGUUCUUUAUGUUAUGAAUUGUGACUGAAUUAACGCGAUAUAGUAUUAAACUUUUAAUUAGAAGAUGGAGUUGCAUUAUCUCGUGUUUGUUUUGAGUGUGUUAUGGCACGGUACGGAUGCGAUCAUGUGGAGCCUCGCGCCUAACACACAGAAGUGUUUGAAGGAGGAACUCCACGCGAAUGUGCUCGUGGCAGGAGAAUACGAAGUCACAGAGAUUGCCGGACAGAGGGUCGACUAUAUUAUUCGUGACUCCAAAGACCACAUAUUAUCACAGCGAGAUUCCAUAACCAAAGGGAAAUUCACAUUUGUGACAGAAACUUACGACACAUUUGAAGUAUGUUUCAUAUCAAAAGUUCCUCCAGAACGCCGUGGUGUUACCCAAGAUGUGAUGUUGGAUAUCAAAAUCGGAAUAGAAGCCAAAAAUUAUGAAGGUAACUCUUGGAUUGGUGAAGCAGCCAAGCUGAAACCCAUGGAAUUAGAACUGAAACGACUAGAGGACUUGUCAGAAGCCAUUGUCCAGGACUUCACACUCAUGAGGAAGAGAGAAGAGGAAAUGAGGGACACAAAUGAGUCCACAAACAACCGAGUUCUAUUCUUCAGUUUAUUCUCGAUGGCAUGUCUCCUGGGUCUCGCCACGUGGCAGGUUCUCUACCUUCGCCGGUAUUUUAAGGCCAAAAAACUCAUUGAAUAGCACAAUAACUAUUUAGCCGCGGCUAAAGUUGCGUGCGGGCUUAAACUAGAAGUUCGCAGAUUGCAUGCGUCGAGUGUGUUCAAGAUAUCUUUUAGUCUUCGUAUUUCAAAGUAUUCCCAUUGUUUCACCAACUCCAUGAAGAUGUAAAUAUGUUUUUUUCGGUCUAGUAACAUUGUAUCAUGUGUCAUUUUAACCUGGCAACACUGAAUUCGAUCAAAUCCUAGUGAUAAUGCAAGGAAAUGUUGGAGCCAUUCAUCACAACACCCGCAGGCCACUUUAUCCGCAAUAAUAGAUCUUAUAUUACUUUAUAUUUAAAAUAAUAAAAAUUUUGGAAUACUUAA